AUGCCAGGGUUUUCGCCCGAGCAGACCGACUCGAUAACGGCAACAUGGAAAAAGCGCAAGCGGGACCACGAGGAGACAGUGACGCUGACUCGUCCAGCAACAUUUACCCCAACCACCUUCCGUGUAGACCGCCCCGAAUUCGACAGCUGCUCACAUCCUCUAUCACGACACCCAGAAGGGACUGACAUUUCCUUCCGACCACGCUGCCUUCCACGCAAGCGUCGAAACGUCCAAAGUCCCUACCACACUCUCCAACAUCAAGUCCAACACCAAUCCCAACAAUCGACACACCUCUCACCAAACGUCUACGCCCCUAACAUCGACCCCUACUCCCCCCCAGUCUCACCACGGACUCUCGUUCCCCUUAAGUAUCCAGGCCAGACCCAAGCCUCAGCAUCCCCAUCAGCCCUGCGCCCCUGCCACAUCUGUCACCGACGCCCAACGACCCGGCAAGUCCUCGACGCCUACGCAGACUGCGAUCUCUGCCACGAGCGGGCAUGUUUCAUCUGUCUCCGACAAUGCGACACAGUCAAUUGCGGAGGAACAUUCGGCCUUGCAGAUGGCAUGCACGAUGCCGAUAUCAAUGCGUUAAACGGCUACGACGCGGGUGGAGAGGCACCCUCCCGCCGAAAAAUCUGCUCCAGCUGUGCCGUCGAGGACGUCCUUGAAACUGGCGCGGAGAUCGUGCGUUGCCUCAAUUGCGUGCGUGGGCAUGCACAUGCUGCCUGGUCUGCGCAUAAUCUUUCAUCUGGGUGGGCUUUGGAUGAUAUGAGACAUGAGGAUAUGACUGGAUGA